AUGGUGGGCCAUGGUCUCGAGGUAGUCGAUGGUUUUGGGGCGACUCGGCUCCUCCAGCACUUCGAUCUCGGCGACUCGGCCGAGAUCGGCCUGCAGGCCUUUACGGCUUUGCGUGCCAGCGAUUUAGCGGAGCUUUCCGCGGCAGUGAGCGAUCCACAGGCAGAGAGGGGAGGUUCGUUUGGGGGCGGUUUGGAGGAGUAUGAGGUGUGCAUGCAGUACCAGGCAAGAGAUGGAAGAGAGACGGGGGAGAAGAGAGAAGGACAAGCCAAUGGCAGCCAAGAACUGGAGAUGGACUCACGCCAUGCGAGCUCCAUGGCCUCGGUCCUCACGUCGGGCGUCCCGGCCACAACGGUUCGGGAUGUGUUUCGCAGGGCCUUUGGAAUCGAUUCCCAGAUCCAGUGUGCGGUGAUGAUUGCCAGCCGCGAGCCGAGGCGCUGGGCAAAGAACUUGAACCACCACAGGCUUAUGACUCGUGGUGGUCCCGGCGAAGGGGACCAAGAGAUGCACCGAGCCCUGUGGCGCGAAAUGAAUCGCACUCCUCAGGUGUGGUCGGGACCGGAGGCGGUGGCGAACUUGGGCCCGGGGGGCCGGGAGCCUUGCGAACUCCAAGGCCUGGCGAGGCAAGAGCUUCAAGAGGCGCUCCAGGCGAACACCGAGGCUUCGGGAGCGGAGGAAUUGCAGGCGCUCCAGCGACGGCUCCAGGAGUUGGCUUUGAAGUGCUCGCAUUUGGAGCUGCAAUGCCAAGAUGAGGGCAGCAGCCUUGAGGGAUUGAAAGAAGAAGAGGAGCAAGCACAAGAGGCUUUAAGGCUGGCGCGCCAAAGUGAGCUCACAGCCAAGAAGGACUCUGAGCUUCUGAGACAAAGCAUUUCAGAGCUUCGUGCCCAAUGUGAAGGUCUUCCCUCGGAGCCAGCAGAGGAGGUGGUCCUUCGCGGCUUGGGGCUUCCAAGGCAAGAGCAAUCCUUGCAGGAAAUCAUGGAAAGGCUGAAGAUGGAGAAAGACUUCGUGCUGGCAGAACUGAUGGAGGAUGAGAAGCAACUUGAGGCCCGGCGCCGGGCGGAAGAGCUGUCCCUGCAGCUGAAGACGCUGGAAGAGGCUCAGCCUCGUUUGAGGGAACGUGCAGCCAAGGUUGAGCAAGAGAAGAGCCUGGAAGGUGAUGCCAUCAGUGGGCUUGAGGAUCUCCGUGCAGAGGCCAUCGCGUUGCAAACGGAGAACCAACUUCUCAAGCGCCAGCAGGUGGAGUGGCGACGCUCCCAGACGCUGAUGUUGCGCUUGGCAGAAGACAUGCAGAAGCGGCCUCCCAAGGCAACUCCAGACGAUGAAGGACUCGAUGCUGAAGAGAAACUUGAAGAAGUACUUCAAGGCAACCAGGAGAUGCGGCGGCGUAUUCAGAAGUUGCAGAAUGAGAAGGAGGACUUGCUUCAGCGCCGACGUGGGUUGGACGCCUUCAUCCGUUCCCGUGUGCCGAGAGUGGAGAUGGGGCCGAACGCGCUGGCGAAGCGCACGAGCUCAUAUCCACCGUCGCCCUGA